UCCUCAGGUACUCAAUCAGGUUGUAUUGUUUUCACCUGGUCGCAUUAUAAAUCCUACACAAGGCCUUGGCGCCCUUUACUCCGUUUUAUUUUAUCCGUGGUCAUGGGUGGACUUUUGCUUCUCUGUGCACUCUUAUUGCAUUCGUUAAUAUCAUUGCAAGCUGGAAGUAGUCCUCUGAAGUGUUCGCUGGGGUCUAAACUGUGCAAAGACGGAUCAACAUGUGUCCUCUUCCGCCAUGUCUGUGAUGGAGAGCCUGACUGCACUGAUGGCUCAGAUGAAGAGGAGUGUUCAACAGGAUGCAAUGAAGAUCAGUUCCAGUGUGCUCAUGGAAAGAAGUGCAUAGACAAGAACCAGAGGUGUGAUGGAAUUCCCCAGUGUCAGGACCGCUCAGAUGAACUGAAGUGUACAAAACAAACAGAGAGCUGCUUUCACCACUGUGACAACGAUAAUCGCUGCUUGCCAUCGAGCUUCAUCUGUGAUGGAGAGAAGGACUGUUUGGAUGGCACAGAUGAAGCUAACUGUGAGGACCAAGAGGGAGGUAGACAAGGAGAGGAAAAGGUGACCAGAGCAACGCUGAAGCCUUCUACAACUGUUGGCUCAUCAGCCUCCAUCAAGUGUCCUUUGGGCUUCAAACCCUGCAAGCAUGAUUUGGAGUGUGUCCUCUACAAACAUGUGUGUGAUGGAGAAGCAGACUGUAAAGACGGCUCAGAUGAGGAAGGAUGCUUGUCUGCAUGUGAAACAGACCAGUUCCAGUGUGCACAUGGAAAGAAGUGCAUAGAUCAGAGCCAGGUGUGUGACGGUGUGCCUCAGUGUCAGGACCGCUCUGAUGAGCUGGAAUGUUCAAAACUGAUGGAGGGCUGCGCUCACCAGUGUGAUAACAAGAGUCGCUGCAUUCCCAACAGCUUCCUCUGUGAUGGAGAGAGGGACUGUUUGGACGGCAGUGACGAGGCGAACUGUGCUGAUGAGGGCUGCAGUGCCACAGAGUACAAGUGCACCAGUGGCCAGUGUGUGUCGGCCACAAUGCGUUGCGAUGGUCAUCCAGACUGCUGGGACAGAUCAGAUGAGGAGAGCUGCACCAAUGCACCAACCUGCACCACCAAACACUACUGUCCCCAGAGCAAGGAGUGUCUGGUGCAGGAGUGGAUCUGUGAUGGAGAUCUGGACUGCAAAGAUGGUACUGAUGAGAAGGAUUGUCCGGUAGUUCCACUGAGCUGUGGACAGUUCCAGUGGACUUGUAAGUCUAAGACAAAGUGCAUCCCUACGGCCUGGAGGUGUGACGGCAUGAAGGACUGUGAUGAUGGCAGUGAUGAGACUGACUGCGGGGUUGUGACAUGCCUUCCACACCAGUUCCAGUGUGGCAGCCAGGAGUGUUUGGAUCCAGUCCUGGUGUGCAACAGCAUUACCAACUGUGCGGACGGUUCUGAUGAGGGAGGAAGCUGCCAGAAAAACUGUGCAGAGGCAGAUAUGAAAGGCUGCAGCCAGGGCUGCUACAGCACACCACAGGGACCGCGUUGUCGUUGUGCUGAAGGAUUCAUGCUCAUGGAGGAUGGACAGACUUGUGCUGAUGUUGACGAGUGUGAUGGUCGAAGCCCUGGUGUGUGCAGCCAGCUGUGCAUCAACACCCCUGGCUCGUAUCAAUGUCACUGUCACCCAGGAUACAUAAAGGAGGCAGGUGGACAGCACUGCAAAAUUACAGGUGAACCUUUUCUUUUAGCAUCAAUACAAACGGAUCUUUUCUUACUUGGCCUGCGCAGUGGCAGCCUAGAUGUGUUGUCGUCCUCUGCCAAGCGGGCCGUUCUCUCCCUGGACUAUGACUGGAGGGAGCAGAGAGUCUUCUGGGUUGGUCUGGACUCUGAGAACAUCAGAUGGUCCUCACUGGACCAGAAGACCACUGGAACUCUGAUUAAAGGUGUAAGGGCUGACUCUGUAGCUGUAGACUGGCUGGGUAGGAAUCUGUACUGGAUCGAUGGCGUGAACAGUCAGAUAGUUGCUGUCAGACUGGCCAAAGCCACUGUGAGUACAUCUGACCACAGCGUCAUCCUGGAUGAGGACCUGGAUCAGCCUCGCUCCCUGGCACUGCUACCACAAAAAGGGCUGAUGUUCUGGACAGAGAUUGGUAACAUAGUGAAGAUAGAGCGUGCUGGGAUGGACGGGUCGGAAAGGAGGGUUCUGGUAAACUCCAGUCUGGGCUGGCCAGGCGGGGUAGCUGUGGACAUGAUCUCAGACAGAGUCUACUGGACAGAUGAGAGGCUGAGGUCUAUUGGAUCUGCAACACUGGAUGGAAAUGAUAUUCAGGUUCUGCAGAUGAAAGAGACGACCAACCCGUUCUCCCUAGCCGUGUUCAAUGACAUGCUCUACUGGACUGAUGCCAAGAAGCGGGUAGUCUGGGCUGCUCACAAAACUUCUGGAAAAAAACAUCAGGUUCUUCUGAAAAGACCAAGACAACCUUUUGGUGUGAAGAUCGUCCAUCCGUUGCUCCAGAUGGGCUCUGAAAGCCCCUGUGAGAAAGUCCAGUGUUCCCAUAUGUGUGUGUUGGCCCCAGGACCCAAGGCUGUGUGCAAGUGUCCCUCUGGUCUUUUACUGGCAAAGGAUGGCCUGAACUGCUCCAAGCUGGUGGACUCAUCGUUCCUGUUGAUGCUGUCUCCCUCCACUGUCACUCAGAUCUACUUGCAGUCCCGACACACAGCAGCAGAGCUGAAAGGCUGGCCUGAGCACAUUGCCCUGCAGGUUCCCAGUGUUAAUGAGGCGGCCAUCAUGGAUUACAGCCUACGUGACCACACCCUGUUCUUGACAGAUGACAGCACUACUUCACUAAGCUCCUUUAAGCUGAAGGAAUCAGACUUGUCCCCAAAAGGCCAGCUUCUAAAGCUCAUGGGUGAUACGAUGACUGCAAUGGCCCUUGACUGGGUCACACUAAACGUCUACUGGAGUAGCAACAAACAGCCCCGGCUGCAGGUCACCUCCACUACAGCGGCGCACACGGCUGUUCUGAUAAAGGAAGGUAUUGGCAGAGUUGAGGACAUCGCCCUCCACCCUCCCAGUGGAAAAGUUUGUUACAUCAACCAGGGUCUGCAAGGAACGGGUGCUUUGGCUGCUGUAGAGUGUGCAAACAUGGACGGUGCUGAGCGUGUUGUGAGGAAGGAUUCUGUUCAGUCCACAUCUCUGGCUUUCUCCAGUAAUGGGGAUAUAAUUUACUGGGCUGACUCAGGUUCUGGGACCAUCUGCUCCAUCCAGCUUGAUGGAUCUAGUUACAAGGAGUUCAAGACUGCUGAAGGCCUGACCGCUGUGGCCUUGAGUGAUGAAACAUUGCUGUGGAUGACUGAGAGUGACAAAACCAGACUCUGGUACCGGGAUGAGAAGCAACAAAACAAACUUUGGUUUGAAGUCGGCACACAAGUGGUCAGUUUAAAAGCCUUCAGCAAGUCUAGUCAGACAGGUUCAAACCAGUGCUCAGAAAACAAUGGCAACUGCCAGCACCUUUGUUUAGCCACCCCAAGAGGUCAUACAUGCAGGUGUGCCUAUGACCACAUCCUUGUGAAUGACACCCACUGCAUCCCUGAGCAGCACUGCCCAGCUGGCAGCAGACCCUGCCUCGAUAAACUCUCAUGCAAGCCAGCAGAGAAGUUCUGCAAUGGGCAUGUUGACUGCAAUGACCACUCCGAUGAGAACUGUGUCACUCUGAAGCUUGGAUCAGGAGCCAAAGUCCUGGCUCCCAUUCAGCUCCACGGCUCCUUUUCUUCUCCCUUGCCUCCUGAAGACCCAGGCUUAAACACCACCCUGAACGUAAGUGGACAGUUGAAGAACCUGGACGCCCAGCAGUGCAGCCAGAGACGUUGCAGUGACAAUGGACGCUGUGUGGAAAACCAAGGAAGCACUGCAUGUGUGUGCUCAUUUGGCUACAGCGGUGAUUCCUGUCAAGACCACUUCCUGAAGACCAUGCAGGGUCCCAUUGUGUACGGUGCCGCAGGGCUCUGUGCAGGAGUCGUGGUCAUUGUUGUGAUGGCAGUUGUGGUUAGAAGGAAGAAGAGUGCCAACACAAGGAGAACUAGCCCAGCUGCGGUGAAGGAAACUAGAAUGACUGAUCUUGAGAACAAAGCUGAGUCCACCCCUGUUACACAAAGCGCUGCAUUGGACCCAGAAAAAACAGAGGAAGCGGUAUCGUCUGUGGACUGAGGCUGAGUCAUGGGCAAGCAAUAUUUUAAAUAAAUGACUCCGGUGAUAAA